UUUCCGGCGUUGGCUCGCAGGUCGUUGCUGUUGUGUCCAUGCUAGUAGAGUCGCUUAUUCUUCAUUCCGAUGGCAAACAGAACUGUUAAAGAUGCUAACAGUAUACACGGGACCAACCCGCAGUAUCUGGUGGAGAAAAUCAUCCGGACUCGAAUAUACGAGUCUAAAUACUGGAAGGAGGAGUGCUUCGGUCUGACCGCUGAGCUGGUGGUUGACAAAGCCAUGGAGUUGAAAUUUGUUGGUGGAGUUUUUGGAGGAAACAUCAAGCCCACUCCUUUCCUCUGCCUCACUUUGAAGAUGCUGCAGAUUCAGCCUGAAAAAGACAUCAUCGUUGAGUUCAUAAAAAAUGAAGAUUUCAAAUAUGUUCGUUUACUUGGAGCGAUGUACAUGAGGUUAACUGGCACUGCAGUGGAUUGCUACAAAUACUUGGAACCGCUGUACAAUGAUUACAGAAAAGUCAAGAGUCAGAACAGAAACGGAGAGUUUGAGUUGAUGCACGUGGACGAAUUCAUUGACGAGCUUCUUCACGCCGAGAGAAUGUGUGACAUCAUUCUGCCUCGACUUCAGAAGAGACAUGUCCUUGAAGAGGCUGAGAUGUUAGACCCACGUAUCAGCGCUCUGGAGGAAGAUCUAGAUGAGGUGGAAAGCAGUGAAGAAGAAGAUGAGGAAGAAGAAAAGCCGGAGAGACUCCAGACCCCUGAGCCCCACAGACGCCGUGACGGUUACCGUGACAAUGACAGACCUCGUCGCUCUCCAUCACCUCGUUACAGACGCAGUCGCUCACCCCGACGGAGGAGCAGAUCUCCAAAGAGGCGAAGCCCAUCGCCCCGGAGAGACCGCCAUCGCAGCAAGAGCCCCCGCCGACACCGCAGCAGGUCCAGAGAAAGACGUCACCGCUCCAAAUCCCCAGGUCACCACAGAAGCCACAGACAUCGCAGCCACUCAAAGUCCCAAGAGAGGAGCUCAAAAAAGAGUCACAAGAAGAGUCGGAGAGGAAACGAGUGAUCUCCCUUUCCCUUUUUAUCUGAUCUUUAUUUUUUUUUACCACUUCACUGUCAGAGAUCCAUCCUCUAAAACUUGUAUAACAUUUGAGUUUCAAAUUUUGUAUUGCAAGUAAUUUUAUUAUAGAUUUUGGAGCACUGACCUGUUUGUAAGAUAUACCGAUGUAAAGCUCUCAGGUUUCAGCAGUGUGUAUGUACAGUAUCUAAUCACUCACUCCAUCUGUAGCCUUUCAGCCUCAUUCUGUGGUUCAAACCCUCUGAGAGCAAAAGCUAAUAAUACUCCCCAUUUUUAGAUAAUUAGGACCAUCAAAUGAUAACCUUUGGAUCUGUGUAAAUGUAGAAAAUGUCUUUGUGUAUGUUAAGAAUGACUUUCACACUCUGACCAGACAUUUGUGAGAAAUAAAGACCCUUGUUUAUUAA